GCAACAAACUUGUGUUACGACGUCGAUUUUAUCAGUGUUUCAAAUGCAAAACCUUCAAAUCGUGUUUAUAAGCGUUUGAAUUUUUUUUUAACUCUUCCAGUUCCCAAUGCUGCCCAGAGCCUUUUUUCAUCAUUAAAAAUGCAUGCAAAGAGUUUUCAAGGUGCUCAGAUGGACAAACACUGAACACAGGAUGUUCCUACCAAGCUUGUCACACAUUGUAAUGACCAAUUCACACCUCAGACCUCUCCCACCCUUGGAAACAAAAGAUAUGUUAAUGCACAUUCACACCUCAACUUCCUCAUGA